AUGGAUCAUGACACUCAUCUCGACCACCCCUUCAGAUUCGGGCGCGUUCCAGACAAUAAACCAGACACAUCCGGUCCAAGAAGCAAUGGGUCCAUCGCAUCACCAGUUUCACUAUGGACCUGUGAACUGGGAUGGAGUCCCGUCCAGGUUCCGCAGGUCAGCACGUGCUGCUUUGGCACUUCAGGUGGAAAACAGAACACCACCUAUUUUACACUGGAAGCGGCAGUGCAAGCCAGUCAGCCUUUCGAUUUCUCCGCCUUAAGCAGACUCGUGACGGAUCUGGGCUUUCCGAACGUUACAGAUUUUACAAACAUUCAUUCUCCAGAACUAUCUUUUUACCCUGGACUCAAACUCUUCUCAUUCAAAACAGACACGGACGAAUCGCCGCUUUCCUCUCACUCAGCCUUCCAACAUUUGCACAGGUUUUCAUGCUCCGCGCCGUCCUGUUUCGAAAAUGACAACAAGCCUGUUAGCCAUUAUUUAACGCUUCAUGGAACUACACGACAUGGCAGCUGCACCGACAGGACCACACCGAACAUCACUCACGCAAACAGAGACGACACAAAGACCAAUAAUUUCCAAUCAGGGAAAACACAUAGAGGAAACUCGCAAGACAGGCUGCAGCGCGUUGUCAGUAAUUACAUUAUUUCCUGUCAUAAAAUGUCGGACACAGCCAGACGUGACUUUAGAAAACGCUGCGAGUGUUUGGCUGUCGGCAAAAGCGGGGAGGAAGAAGCGAUGUCCUUACCACAAAAACCAAAGCACAAAAUAGCUGGAAAAGGAAUUCCUGUUCAACAUGUACCUGACUCGCGAGCGCCGCCUGGAGAUAAGCUGAAGCCUAAAACUCACGGACGCCAGGUUAAAAUCUGGUUUCAGAAUCGUAGGAUGAAAAAAAAUGUCCAGUGCACAGGACAAGGGACCCUGACACAACUUUCACUUUCUAAAAUGAUCUGUAAGACGAUGUUAAAAGCGAACUGUAUAGUGGACAGUGUAUAGUGGCUUAUCGUUUUGACACAGGCCCUGUAGUAUUUAUUUAUUGAUUGCUUUAAGGUUUUGUCCGAUUCUUUUAAAGACUUGCCGUUGUAUAUAUUUCGAUAUUUAACUCAUAUUUAAAGCUGAUUGUUCAGAUUGUGAUGUAUUCAGCGGUGUCAAUUUUCAACAUUGGCAUAUUUUUAUAUUUUAGCCUACAUAUAUAGUGUGACCGUCUUUUUCAUUUUUAGGCACUUUGACCAGAAAACAUGUUUUGAGUUGUACGCUUAAGUAGAAAAUGAAUGUCUGUGCUUACUAAGGGUUUAUGUAGUUACUGAGACAGUAUUAUAUUAUUAUUAUUAAUAUCAUCAAAUUGUUUGCUUGGACUUUCUUGUACCUUCAUUGCAUACAACUCAAAUCAUGUUUCUGGGUUAAAAGAACUCUGAGCCAAAUUUUGGAGCAGGUCACAUAUUAGGGUACAAUAGACAUCCAAAAUAAACAAAUAUCUAUAAAUAUCUAUUAUGAGAGAGACAUUAUUUAAACAAAGCAAGACGUUUACAUCAGGCCUCGGUACUGUUAUUGUGUCAGAAUUUGCAGUGGAUUAGCGCAAAUGCACAGAUUUGUUAGAAAUGUACACUUUAAAAGUGAUUUGUUGACUUUAAUUAAAACAAAAUGUAGAAAAGCCGUUGCGUUAAAAAAAUAAUCAAACAAUUUCCAUACCGUUAGUAUCCUCUGGUACACAUAUGACAAAACAACCAUACAUCCACAACAUACAUAACAGUAUGGAAAUUGAUUACUUAUUUUUUAACGCACUGGGUUAGUAAAGUCAACUAAUCAUUUUAAAAGUCUAUGCUGGUAUGUAGCCGAUUAAGACACAUUUAAAUAUGUUUUGCUUGACAAACCAUGCUUUCUAAAUAAUUAUAAUUCCAAUAUGCCAAGCCACUGAAAAUAGGAAUUUCAAAUGUUAUGUUCUAUAUCUGAAGUUUUAAUUGUAUGCGAAGUGUGUUUGUCAUAUGUAUUUCCAGGAAUAUGAAGUUUUGAAUUGGACCAUAGUCCUACUUAUUUUUCCAGUAUUGCUCUGCACACGAAAGGAAUUAUACAUCUUUACGUACUGGAGAAAAAACUUAUUUUUUUUGUGAAGAACACAUUUCGCAAUCGGAAAGAACAUUUCCCAAGCCUUUCUCUAUGUUUACUUAUAAUAACUAUGAAGCAUGUUGUACGAAAUGAGUGCUCAUAAAAUUAUUUUAUACAGGUAACAAUUUAAAUAUAAUUUAAUUGACAGGAUAAUAAAAAAACAAGGUUGUUUUAGCGUAAUAAUGAGAAAUGAUACUCUAAAAAGUCUAAACACUAUUGUUGUAGCCAUAUAUGGUAGCCUACUUCAUAGUUAUUUAUUUCAGUGUACAUUUAAACAAAGUAAAAAAUAGGCAUACAGUUGCAAAUAAAGCUCCAAAUUCUUGUAAAAUCAAAUGAAGAAAUUAAAACAAUUACGCUGCAGGUCUGGGCUCAUUUCCAUAAAUCCAAUAUAUUUUUUGACACCUAGGCUAUAAAAACUAUUCAAAAAUAUAUAUUUUUUUGGCAGAACUACACUUCAACACUUGGAGAAAGCAUUUUGCUUAAGUGAAAUUAAAGUUAACUGGACAUAAUAUGUAUGUAAUAUGUGAACAAAACAAACUUUGGGAAAAACAAUGAUCUAUAUCCGUUGUUUACGCUUGUUCCACAGUUUCUGGAAGAUUUCGGAGAAAAGAAAUAAUACAGAACACAUGUUGAUAUUGCU